AUGAGUUGGUUGAAAUUACUGGCGUUUUUCGCAAUAUACUCCUCUAUCGGAGCUGCAGAUGACUCGAGCACAAGUCUCAACGGUACCUGGUCAUCCAAGUCGAACACGGUGUUCACUGGACCUGGCUUCUACGAUCCUAUAGACGAGCUUCUAAUCGAGCCUGCGUUGCCAGGAAUCAGCUACUCGUUCCACGACGAUGGAUACUUUGAGGAGGCCAUUUAUCAGGUGACUCCGAACCCAAAGAACCACUCGUGUGCUGUCGCCGCAUUGAUUUUCCAACACGGUACCUACGAAGUCAAUUCCAGCGGCUCCAUCAUCCUUACACCAUUUGCGGUGGACGGUAGACAGUUAUUGAGUGACCCAUGCAACGACAACGGCGUCUCAGUUUACAGCAGAUAUUCACAGAAAGAGAUUUUCAAAUCCUAUGCAGUCAGCUUGGACUCCUACCACGGCAGAUACAAGUUGCAGCUGUACGAAAGUGACGGUUCUCCAAUGCAACCUCUUUACUUGGCUUACAGACCACCGCAAAUGUUACCAACCAUCACCAUGAAUCCCACAGCAAACUCAACUGAUUCAGGCAGUACCGCAGCAGCUUCUUCCACAGCUUUAUCUAAAAAGGUUAAGAGAUCUUUAGAAAAUAGAUACAAAACUAAUGCUGUGAGGAAACACAAGUAUGAUUAUGACCUGUUAUGCCAGACCAGAACCGUAAGAAAACAAACCAAUUCUCUUACCCUGCAAAGCGUCGUUUCCGACGUAGAACAGCAGGGAGGCCAAAGAACCGUAAACGGAACCAGUGUACAUGUUUCCAACGUUGGUUCCAACUUCCAAAGAAGCACCAACUCUCUCCUUGUGGAGACCCUUGGCAGCGGUGACGAAAGUCUUCUCCAAAGCCUUGUCAGUCAAAGAGCUCUCAUAUUCUUGGGUAGCCAACUGAGCGUCAACAUCUGGGUACUCAGAGACGAAGUUUGGCUUGUAGAAGUCGUAUGCGUGUUGCAUGAAAGUACCUCUGAUUGGCUCGAAAGUGAUUGGAGCAUCAGGACCAAUCAACAUAGCAACAGUACCUGCACCACCGGUUGGUCUGGCAGCACCUUUCUCGUAAAUGGCAAUGUCUCCACAAACGACGAUCGCGUCUCUUCCAUCCCAAGCGGACGAUUCCACCCAGUUAAUGGCAUUAAACACGGCGUUGGUACCACCGUAACAAGCGUUCAAGGUGUCAAUACCUUCGAUGUCGGUGUUCUCACCAAACAGCUGCAUCAAGACAGACUUGGCACUCUUACUCUUGUCGAGCAAAGUCUCUGUUCCCACCUCUAA